AUGGGUUCGUUACAAAAAAUGGUCUUCGACAGAGCUGCAACAUGUGACUUCGAGAAUUUAAAUGCUAAUGAAGUCAUUUUGCUUUCACCAGUCUUAUUCCAGUGUGGUGAUUUGGUGAAAUACGUCACAAGUGGACCCUUAGCUCAUGAUCAACGUCAUAUGUUAAGUGAAAUCAUCAAAAUUUUAGGAUCUGUUAGUAGCCUGAAAUUAGAAGAUAUUUGGGAGGAAGUAUGCAGUGAAUCUUCAUCUGCGCGUAUUACUUCUUUCGCAUCUCUGAGCCUCAAUUAUGAAUCACAAAAUGUCCUAGGAAAAGUGAAAACUCUCAUGCAUCUCGUCACUCACUUUUGUAAUGAAAAACCUGAUUCGAAAUGCUCUCUGGAGAGCUGUUGUGAACUAGUAGAAACGGAAGCUCUGGAGACUGAGGUUGUGGCUAUUUUAUGUAUUAUUUUUCAUGACUUAUCAAAACAUUAUUUAGUUGAAAAGUUUUUUCGUGGAUACCUAGUCCAUUGCAAUCAAGUCAAUUAUAGCCUUUUAUUGAAGCUGGUCGUUAAUUUGUCUUCCAACUGGUGGUCAAUAGUUAGUGAGUUAUGGAAGGUAGAAAAGUCUUUCACAGUAAAUGAGUAUAAAAAUGCAAACUCGUGUAUUCAAGAUUCUGAGCCGAACGGUGGGAGAUACCUAGGCACAUCUUUAUUACGACGCAUACAGGUUGUUUUAUUUUGCCUAGUGAAGUUGAAGCCAAACAGUGCUGUUACAGUGAUGGAGAAAUGUAUUUUUACUCGGCAGUUUCCGGGCCUAGUUUUAGAUUUACUUCUUGGAUUAAUCAACAAAGACCUUUACACAUUGAUGUUGCUGAAAAGAAUUUUGCUAGACAGUGGUCAAGAAAUUAGGUCGUGGAUGAGCAACUUCUUGAAGAUGUCAUCUUCCUCGUCAUAUUUGGAUAAAUUAAGUCAACAUUUUAUGACUGUAACCAACAGUCUCAUACCCAGUGAUUCUACAGCACCUUUAGACGAUAGUGUAAUUCUCACAGCGUUAACAUUACUUCGUGUGCUGGCUGCAUUUCGGGGAUUCGUAAAUUACAACUUUCCACCAGAACUUUCUCAAAGAUUACUUAUUCUUCUAACGCAUCGAACUGUCGUUUCUGAACGUGGUUUGCAGUAUAUUAGUUAUUCACUUGCCUUUCUUAUUGGAUUACGAUCAAGUCUAACAACUGGAUUAGCUUCAGACAGUAAUGGUAGUGUUGUCCAUAGUAGUAGUCGAAUAAUCAUGAGUACAGAUGUUGAGAAUAAAAUUGUUUCAUGGCUUCAACGCUUGAUUGAUGAACAAGACAUUUUCAAUUCAAUUACUCAAUCAUCAUCGUCAUUAUCAUCAUCGUCAUCAUUAUCAUCAGUAUCAUCAUUGUAUUUGUCCAGUUGUAAUCAAUUGCCAAAAACAACAUCGUACAUUGAACCAUUGCUACUUUUAGCUAUUCUCUUUCAUACUAAUCAACCUGGACCAAUUACUGAAUUGAUCUCAACACUACUUGGUUUACGUAUACCAUCACUUGGACGAACUAUAAACAGUUGGCGUAAAUUAUUUCUACACACUGUUUUCACUGAAAGUAUGAUUGCUAACCAGGUUGCACGAAUUCCAAUUACACCGAAAUUAAGUAGACAUUUGCUCAAUCACUUACCAACACAAUGUAUGCUACAACUGCUUAAAUCUCAUGCAUUCGCUAAAAAUAAAUUACACACAAAGAAAUGGAUUAUCGGACAAGUGCGUGAAAGUAUACGUCCAAUUCAUCCACUAUUACCCGAAUUGUUAGAAGCUCAUAUUACACAUUCUUUCAAUUCAAGUACUAAUUCAUCUUCAAUAAGUGAAAUGUCUAGUGUAACUGGUUCUACCUUUACGCCUACUUCUGGUGUUUCUUCGGCAUCGGCUUAUAUCAAUUUAUCUUUAAUUUCUGAACAAGAACUUGUGAAUGAGUUUACCAAUCCGAAUUGUUCUUGUUUCAUUCAAUUUUGUGCUCCAGGAUUUAAUAUGAAAGAUAAGUCAGUUGGAAAUUUGUCCUACACAUCAACUAGACAUCAUCAGCAGCAACAACAACAGCAGAAUGUAGUCAACAAAGAAGAAGAUUUAACUCCACAACUGUUAUUUUUAUAUUAUGCUCUUUUUGUAUAUGAUUAUCAGUUAUCUACACGGUUAGCACCUAAUCGACAUCGUUUACCCGAUGAAUUAUCAUGUGUUUAUUCUGAUAAACUAUGGGAUAUAAUACCGAUAACAUAUCUUCUACAAUACGCCCGUUCACAUCUUUCUGAUUAUCGUGCUCUUUACCCAAAAUUAUUACAACUGGUAACAAAUCAUUUUCCUCAGUUGACAAUGGGUGAAAUGAUGAUACAGGAUGAAUUACUACUCGAUCCCAUAUGGAAAUCUGAGCAUGAACCUAUACGUGUCAUCAAUGCAUUGUCGUCUACUGGUGUAGAUAAAUGUGCAAAUAAAUUAUCCACAGAUCCAUUGAAAAUUGUGACAUCAGGAGUAAUGAUGAAUCAGACAACAGAUUGUCGUUCGUCGUCAUCAUCAACUUCAUCAUUGUUAUCAAUUCCAUAUGAGAACUUUUUGUCAUUUAAUCAAGAACAAUUGAAUGAAGCUUUUGAACAAGUUAUCUCACAGUUGUCUACUUCAUCAAAUGAAUGCUAUUCAUCAUUGGAAAACUUAUCUAAUACAUGUUCACAAUGGAAAACACUUAUCUACAUGAUCAAUCAAUUAAUUCAAUCGAUUGAAUUAUACGGUUUAGAUUGUCUAUUAAUAUUUGGCACAGUAUUAGCUGAACAAUGUCCAAGGUUAUUAUUACUGAAAGCCAAUUGUGGAUAUUUAAGCGUCAAUCGAAAGUUUACACAUUCACUUGAGUUGUUAUGGCGACGUUUACAUUUAAUUAUGCCAAGAAGAAUAGAGUUGAUUACCAUGAACAGAAUAAGAUCAAAUGGCUGUUUGCCGACGUCAUCUUCAUCGUCUACAAUGACCAAACAUUUAAAUCCACUAGAUCAACUAUUGAUUAAAUCGAAUAUUUUGAAUCCUAAAAAGAAACCUUUAUGUAGUUUAGACUUAUGCAUAGAUCCAGUUGAAAAUGUUUUGGGUGAGGUAGAUCGUAAUGUAUUUCGAUGUCCAUCAGUUUUACGCCUAUUCCUGCGUAUUCUUGAAUCAAGUCUUCUAGCCUCUAGAUCAUACUGGGCACAUCGACUUAUUGAUCGGGUUCAAUCUGUACGUGGAACAAAUUCGAGUAAUUCAACUACAAAUAUCACGUCGUCAUCGUCGUCUGCAACUACACCAGCGGCAGCAAUGAUGAUGAUGACGACAUCAGCGUUCGCCUCAGUAAAUUCGACUAAUGCAACUGAAACAUCUACAGUUUCUCCCUCUUCUUCUUCUUCUGCGUCUCUUACUACUGCCACUUCUAUAUCGAAUACUACUGAUCCAUCUAACCAAGAUACACUCAAUACAACAACUACUACAAAUUAUUCAAAAUUUAUUAGUAGUUCUUCCUCCUCUUCUAAAUUUACUGAUCUAGGACAACAUCAGGGGACUAUGAUGACUACUAAUGCUGCUGGUGCUGCUGCUGCUUCUAACAUCACUGUUACAACUUGUACAACAGUAACUGCUACAAUCAAUGCUGCAUCUAAUACUGUAUCAUCAUCAACACAGUUACUCACUAGUGGUAAUAACAAAGCAAAUAUCUCUCCACAGUUAUUAGUAAAUAAUGAAGAUUGUGAACGUCUGUGCUCUAGUAUGCUGCUAACACAAGAUUCAGCUGUUGUUCAAUUAUUACUGGAAUAUUGUUUACCUACAGAAGAUGAAAAAAAAGUUGGUUCAGAAAUUAGCAUUCUACGAGAGAUACGCAUUAUAAUUUGUACAUUUAUACAUUCAUUGUUCAUUGCUCAACCUGUUCUCGCUGAAAUUAUUGUCUGGCAAACAUAUCCUCGUGCUUUGAUCCCAAUCAGUGCUCAAGCUAUCCCAUCUUUGCAUAUUUGUUUGGAUACAGUAAUUGAUGUAUUUCGAAUGAGUGGAGAUUAUUCAAAAAUGGUGUUUUGUUUAGAUUUAGUCUCUCAUUUAGCCCAACAUUACAAUAUUCAAGCAACUUUGGAUCGUGCUGCAUAUAUGAUUGACUCAUUGUAUCACUUUCUGACAGUUGUUGUCAGUGCUGAGGAACGUUCAAGCCUAUUGUACGAAUGCUUACCAUCAUUAUUACGAUUAGGCAGUGGAUUUCCUAAUCUAGCGCCUAUAAUUGCACGUCUUCUCCUAUCAGUUGGAUUGAUGAUUGGUUGUACAAUGUCAUCUGAAUCUCGUCUAAGCUUAAGUCAUCAAUUUGAAAAUUUAAACUUGAAUUCACAUUCUGAAAUUGGUGACAUUUUCGACGAACAGAUAUCAGUUGUGGAGACAAGUGAACAUAAAUUAGUUUGUCAGUGUUCAGCACAACGUUUUCUAUACUAUUCACCAGAAUUAACAAACUAA